UUUGGCCAACCUACUAACGUCAUAUCCGGAACACCAUUACUUGCUUGAUGAGGGUGCGCUUAACUGUCUUUUUCUUCUCGACGACUGAAGAUGGCGGACAUUCAGACUGAGAGGGCUUAUCAGAAGCAGCCCACAAUCUUUCAAAAUAAGAAAAAAACUCUGGUGGCAGAGGGUGUAAAGGAGAAGCUUCCCAGAUAUUACCGAAGCGUUGGUCUUGGGUUCAAGACUCCUAAAGAGGCAAUUGAAGGAACUUACAUCGACAAGAAAUGUCCAUUUACUGGAAAUGUAUCAAUUCGUGGCCGAAUCUUGUCUGGUGUCGUGACCAAGAUGAAGAUGCAAAGGACCAUUGUGAUUCGAAGAGACUAUCUGCAUUAUAUUCGUAAAUACAACAGGUUUGAGAAGCGCCACAAGAACAUGUCUGUACAUCUUUCUCCAGCUUUCAGGGAUGUUCAGGUUGGAGAUAUAGUGACUGUUGGAGAGUGUCGACCGCUCAGCAAGACUGUACGUUUUAAUGUGCUCAAGGUCACCAAAGCUGCAGGAGCUAAGAAGCAGUUUCAGAAGUUCUGAAAAUGUGGGGAGUGUGAGAUGAGAAAAUAAAAUUUUCAAGAUUAAUGA